GAUGGCGGCGUCAAGUGGGGCAGUCUCUGGUGGAGGUGGUGGAGAGGCAGGUGGCAGGGGCGAUCCCGGCGGAGCGGCGGUCCCGGCAGCUGGAUCCCCGCGUCGGGGCGUGACUGUCAUCCCGAAAGGCGGAGCUCAGGAUUCUGAAAGCCUAAGACUGCUUCCUUUAUAAUUAAGAGAACUUUGACAAGACGUUCAUACUCUGGGGAGACUUUGGAGGAACCAUGUAAAGGAAUGAAAUAUUUCAGCUUUGUGCCAUAAGCUGCGUUUUCAGCGUGCUGACCUCACUAGUUCUGGGAAGAGCUGAAGACGGCCUGUAGUUAUCAAAGCCUAUCUGGACUGGAAAGUUUUCCUCUGGCAGUUUCAGUGGGAAACUGCUUCUCUUCCUCUCAUUAAUGUUGUAUUUGCAGCACAGUCAUGCUGGCCUCUACCCCAGGCACACUGAUGCCGGGCUGACAACAAGAGGCUUGUGGACCUGAAAUUGGAUGCUGACCUUGUGGAACGUUGAUGGGACAGAGAUGGCACACCAGGAACCAGCGUCAUCUCUCAGAGAAGAUAGCCCCAGAGGUUUUGAGGGGCUUUAACACACGAAGAAAAUGGCCCCUGUCUCAGGAUAUCUUCUGCUGUGUGAGAGACCCUGGACAUGGAGCUCCCAAGUCGCCACAACAGCGAGAAAAUCCCUGGGGACGCUGUGGAAGGGGCUCCCAGACAUCACUGGAAGAGCUUCCGAAGCUGGCCUCAUUAAGGAGGUAGAAACAAAUGCGGCUCCAGGUUUGGGCCGCAGACAUGGUUUUGGUCAACUGAUGUUUGCAGAUGGCGGCACCUACCUGGGUCAUUUUGAGAAUGGGCUCUUCAAUGGCUUCGGGGUACUGACCUUCUCAGAUGGCUCAAGGUACGAGGGGGAGUUCGCCCAGGGCAAGUUUAACGGCGUUGGAGUCUUCAUUCGACAUGACAACAUGACAUUUGAAGGGGAAUUUAAAAAUGGCAGAGUGGAUGGUUUUGGCCUGCUGACUUUCCCCGAUGGUUCUCAUGGAAUACCUCGCAACGAAGGCCUGUUUGAGAAUAACAAGCUGCUGCGGCGUGAGAAGUGUUCCGCAGUCGUGCAGCGGGCCCAGAGCGCCUCCAAGUCCGCCAGAAAUCUCACUGCCUGACGGGGCGUCGUGUGCCAGCUGACAAGUACUGGGUAAAGCAAAGGCCCUGUUACUCACUCAAGGUGAACAGAUGUACUGGCUGUGAGAGGACAUGAGGAUGCCCGCAGAGAGCAGAAGCCUUGGGACGCCCCCACACCCGCCAGGCAGGGAUUCCAUCACAGAAUUCUGAGACUCGGGCCCCGCUGCCCACAGCAGGGUCACCAGUUCUCUUUCCUUCUCUCACUUGUUGGUAUUCUGUGUCCCUAACACCUUGGGUUGCCCAGUGCAGACCUGCCUCUCCUUGAUUUCCUGCCAAGCGGGGCAGAGCCUCUUCGUUCCACCUGUAUUUGGGGCAGUUGAUCCCAGCCCCAAAUUAGGGCUAAUGCUUUGUGCCCCCCCGAAGAAACAGGGAGAGAGGCAGGGGUGGCUUAGGCAGUUUAGCAGUCCUGUGAAAGCCACGGCCAGAGCUUUUCUGCGUGUCCCCCCGCCGCCUCCCCAUUUGCUGCUGGUCGACUUCAUGGCUCCAGGCCUCCCCCUUUGUCUUACCAGACUGCUAUUUGUGUCUGCUUAUUCCCCCUGUGAAGGGUUUGGUAAGAGUGCUGUUUCCCUGUCCCUUGACUUUAUAAGCUGUCUUCCUUACCUGAGUUCCAGCAGCUAAUGUGUUCCCUUUUUUGUGCCUCUCCUUUCUUAGACGGGACAGGAUCCCUUCUGGGGAUAGUCAAGACACUGAUGUAAAGAGUCACCUUAGGACUUGUACUUUUUAGUUACUCCAGGGUGAAGGGCAGACAUCCCUGGCCCAUUUCAGGCCCUAUCACGGAGUAAUUGAAUCCUUAGGGAUGGCUUGGGCUGACACAGCCCCUUCCCAGUGGACUAGGAGGUCAGACCCACCUCAACCCCUUGGGGUUUGGGUAGAAUUGGACCCAUUCUAGGAAUGCAGUGAACCAAAAGAGAAUUUGGCUCCCUGCAUUUGGUCCACUGUUUACUCUUCCACCAUGAGCUUGGCCAUCAGGCCUGGGAGGUCAGAUCUUGACCGAUAGGAUCCCUAUGUAGUUCAUCAUGGAGGCCCCCCAAUUAUCCUGUGACCCAGACACGCCCAGCCCACUCCCAGCCCCUUAUCCUCACACUGAAUGUCUCCUCAACAGCAGACUGUGGUGGAAAUUAUAGCCGUGUGCCUCCAUGUAUUCUCUGAGUUGUACUGUAGAAACGAGUGUUUAUGAGGAAUAAACAAAUCACCAGAACUGCCUAUACUUCAUCACUUUACUCUUGCUCUGCAUCCUCAUGAAUCAACCCAUUUGCUGUUUCUAAAAGUUAAUCACAGAUGGGGACUUAGUACCGACAUUGCACGCUUUACUACAUAGUACCUAAUUCUCAAGACCUCUGCAGGGUAGGGGCAUUUUUUUUUUUUUUUUUAAUCA